UCCCUUCAGUUAUCUUUCUUGUCCUUCAAGACUCACAAUUGAGUUUGGGAUUAAGUUUGGUGACUAAUUCAUAAUUCUCUGCCUGCUUUGGACCCCUGCAGAGCUCCCCAAGGGCACGGCAAGCACCAAUUGUUAAACUUCCUCGCACACGUUUGCCCUCAAGCACCCUUUUGUUCCUCCUAGCUUUUCUCCCGCAUGCACAGCGAGGAAGUUUGCCCACAAUAUCUGUCGCACGGAUGGUUGUGCGGAUUGAACCCUUUUCAUAGUGCUCCCAUUGUGCCCCGCAUUGCAUUCUGGGGCUCCGUGUGACACCUGCCGCCCAGUUCAGGUGAACGGGAGGCUGGUGAAUGCCCGCCGCAUCCGAGCCGCUCAGGUCGGAUUUCUUGAGGGUUUUUUCCGAAAAGGUAGCGACAGUGGGGGUUUCCUCUCUCUCUCUCUCUCUCUCUCUCUCUCUCUCUCUCUCCAUCGAUUCUAUGCCUGAGGCUUUGUUGCAUAUCGCCUCUCCGGAGCUGAACGGGACAGUGCUAUGAGGAAUCACCUUAAAAGCAAGACUUGUGAAGUGUACUGCGUCUCCGGGCAUGGACGUUCAGGCUGCUCCGCUGCACAGGGAGAGGGGGAGCCGAAGGAGCCCACCCAGUCACUGAGCCCCCCAACGAAGCCAGACGAGAAGGUGGAGGGGGGGCGAGCUCCAGCCUGCGGCUCCUGGAGGAGAUGGAUGUUGGGUCUCCUGCCUUUCUUCCCCUUCACUGCUGCCAUUGCACUCACCCUCCACUUCUUAACAUCUCCACCCUCCUCAGUGUUUUUCCUUGGUGGCAGCGUGGAGUUCCCAAACUUGAGCUUCACCUCAGAGCUGACUGACUCCACCUCCCCUCAGUUCCGCCUGCAGGCUCAGGCCUUGAACCAAUAUUUCUCGGAGCUCUACGAGUCCUCACCGUGGAGCUCUUACUACCUGCACUCAGGAAUUACUGCUUUCAGUGAAGGAGCAGAAGGGCUCAACGUCUUCUACUGGAGUACAUUUUCUGCCCCGGACGACGUUGCCAUGGCGAUCAGGGGGUCCGGCCCAGAGACGCUGCAGCGAAGGCUUCCUGGAAGCAACAAGGUGCUGCGGGACAGCCGCUAUGAGCAGCGAUAUUACAUGGAGCGAGAUGAUGACAUGCUCCACCUGCUGGGUUUGGACCCUGAUGACUUUGAAUCUGAGGAAAAAUCAGACAAGAGUAAGAAUCCAAACAGCAUCCAAAGCGGGAAGUGGCAGCUUGGUUUUCAAGCGAUGUCCUUUGACCUCUAUGCAAAGUACGGCAACAAUCGCACCCUGAGCCUCGUGAGUCCCAAGAAGCCAUACUACCAGUGGCGUCUUCGUGUGCCAUCAGGUCACGUGGUCCGACUGGUGGUCCUCACGCUGCACGGUGCCACUCCAGGAAGCUGCACUGCCCACAAGCUCUCAGCCUACGACUUCUUACUUCCUUUACAGAACAAGAUCAUUGCCAGGUGGUGUGGGCUACCUGUUUCGGGUCCGUCCCCCGUCAUGAAGCUGACUUCCUCUGGGAAUGUGAUGUUGGUCACCUUCUCCUUCAGUAGACAGAGGGAUGGAGCCAUCUUCAAAGCCUACUUUCAAGCUAUCCCUAAAGCAGGUUGUGGAGGGUCAUUAUCCUCCUGGAACGGCUCUAUUACCUCACCCUACUAUCCCGCCUAUUACCCUCCUAAUGUUGACUGCACCUGGACGUUACGGGCACCACUGCCUGGAUACCUGAUCUCAAUCACUAUCGUGAUGAUGGACAUUCAGGAUGCAUCAUCCGAUGGCUGUGAGAAAGACUGGCUGGACAUCGGAGGGGUCAAACUGUGUAAUCCAGUGUCAGACAGCAGCAAAAAGAGAGUCUAUCCCUCUCCUGUCUCCCUUAAUUUCCAUUCAGAUGAAUCUCUCACUCACAAGGGCUUCCACUUGCUCUACCGGGCGUUCUCUCCAGAGGGCACCUGUCCUCGCCAGUUUCGCUGUGGAGAUGGGCGCUGUGUUCCUCUGAGGAAGGUGUGUGAUGGAGCAAGAGACUGCUCGGAUGGAAGAGACGAGGCCAGAUGCUCAUCCUGCAAGCCAGGUGAAGUGUUGUGCGGGAAUGGCCAGUGCAGGCCACACAGCAGCCAAUGUGUGAGCCAAAUCACCUGCCAGGACAGCAGUGAAGAGGCCCCCUGUGGAGGUAAAUGUUACCACAUGUGUCCCAACAAGGUGUGCCUUCCCAAGUCAUCAGUGUGUGAUGGUGUUAUUGACUGCAAAGACCGCAGUGAUGAGUUCAACUGUACAAGAGCGUACUUCAAAGGCUGCUCUUCAUCCUCAUACAAAUGUGCCAACGGAAAGUGUGUGAAUAAGGUGAACCCAGAGUGUGACGGAGUCAAAGACUGUUUUGACGGCUCUGAUGAGCUGCGCUGUGGCUGUGGUACCAGGCCCAGGAAGCGUACUAAGAUAGUGGGUGGUUCAGAUGCGGGGGCUGGGUCAUGGCCAUGGCAGGUCAGCCUCCAGAUGGAUCGCUACGGACACGUCUGUGGAGCUACACUGGUCGCCAGCCGCUGGCUCAUCUCUGCGGCUCACUGCUUCCAGGACUCAGACGCCAUUAAAUACUCAGAUGCCCGUGCAUGGCGGGCCUAUAUGGGAAUGCGUGUGAUGACUACAGGGAACAACGGAGCAGCGACAAGGCCGAUCCGUCGCAUCCUCCUCCACCCGCAGUACGACCAAUUCACCUCCGACUACGACAUCGCACUUCUGGAGCUCAGUGCUCCCGUCUUCUUCAACGACUUGGUGCAGCCUGUGUGUGUCCCUGCACCCUCGCACACCUUCACAACAGGGACCAACUGCUACGUCACAGGCUGGGGGGUUCUUAUGGAGGACGGUGAACUUGCCUCUCGCUUACAAGAGGCCUCAGUGAAGAUCAUCAACAGGAACACCUGCAAUAAGCUGUACGACGAUGCUGUCACUCCCAGGAUGCUGUGUGCUGGCAAUCUGCAGGGAGGGGUGGAUGCCUGCCAGGGUGACUCCGGAGGCCCGUUGGUGUGUCUGGAGCGAGGCAGGCGUUGGUUCCUGGCAGGGAUUGUGAGUUGGGGUGAGGGCUGUGCAAGGCUUAAUCGCCCCGGCGUCUAUACGCAGGUAGUCAAAUUCACGGACUGGAUCCAUCAGCAGACUAAAGGACAGGUGUGACUAAAUGCUAGACUUACAUGAACAAAACUUCAGACUUAACACAUGGGACAAAGCAGUCGGAUCUGGGGUCCAUCUUCAGACUGUUGUCUUGAUUGCGUCACAACAAAUGCAUCAGUUUUUGGGAGUGUUUACACGGCAAUGUGAAGCCACUUUCCUGCUCCAAACCUACCAGCUGGCUAACAAUCAAUCACAUCUACAGUGGCUAUAAUGACACAAACAAAAACAUCAGCACUUAAGCUGUGCAUUGAAAUAACUUGUUUUUUUCUCACUCCACAUACAUUUGAUCGGAACAUUUUAUACAGAGUGUAAGAUAACCCAGAUAUAUAAGAUACAAACCCUCCAUUAGCUUUUAAAUUGAGAUCUUUCUGCACACGUGUAGACUGAACUGCAGGUCAACAUCUACUGGUAUUAGAAAACUAUGUUGGUUCUUACUCCUUACAAAUAUUGGGAACACAAAUUUUCGUUUGUGUGUGAGAGCAGAUACGAGAUAAGCCAAAGUACAAGCCUUCACAAAAAAAUCCACACUGACACAAAAUGAUUACAUACACACUUUUUUUUUGGAAGUAAUACAAUUAUUUUUUAUUACUUCUGCAAAAAUUGUGUAUGUGUGUGUGCGUGUGUGUGUUUGCGUCUGUUUACUUGGGUCUGUGUGUGUGUGUGUGUAUACAUUGAAUCACGAUCUGUUAUUCAAAAGCGCGGUCUGCUAUUAAAAAGUAACAGAUCGUGUGAUACAUUUUUGUAAAUGUUUCAGUCCUUUCAUUGAAUAUUUGAAGAGCUCUACCACCUCAAAAAUAGAAACGGACAUGGCUUCUUAAUCCGCCCGUGUACUGUACGUGUCCAUGACUGACUUUAAAAGAGUUGUGAUUGUACUGUAUGAGUAUGUAUGUGCAUUUGUAUAUCAUGAGUUCAUCUUGGUCAUAGCCUUAUGUUCAAUAUAUGCUGUAUUUAUAGAGGAUUCUAAAAUCCCUCUAUAGGAGGUGAUGUUAUAUUUUGCAUUUCAGUUUUAUCACGAUUUAAUUUAUCUUUAUUGUGCCUCUGUGAAAAGCAUCAUCACUGCCCCUUCAGCACAAUGUGUAUGCAGGUAUGAGAAACGUAUACGAUCAUCAGGUGAUGCCCUUACAAAUCUUUUCAGUGAAGAUACACUUGAAUUUUCGCCAUUUCUCCUGCUCCAACUUCUCAUUCAGCUCACAUCACCACCCUGUGGCCAGUCUGAGUGAUUGCUCAUUUCAUGUCCUGAGGGGAUGGUGCACCUUGCACCCAUAGAAUUCAAAAACAUGCAAUUUGUGUCAAUGUCUCAUAAUAUCAAUUGAUAUGCCUUUAUAUUAAAGACACAACUUCCAAUGCA